GAGUGAAGGAGAGCAGUGUAACAUCUGCGUCUGAUCCUUUGUCGUUUUGUCCUGGCACUCAACCAUCAUGUCUUACGCCGGGUCUUACACGGCCAAACCCUACGCGGAUAAGUCCUACGUGGGCAGCGUGUACACGGGAUAUCCAGAUGAGAAAUCUGUGAAAGACAUGUACGAGGAGCAGCUGAAGCACGAGAAGAGAAAGAGACGGGAAUCUAUGUGUUGCGAGGUGGUUGCUCUGGUCAUCGGCUUCGUCGGGUUGAUCGGGGUCGCGUCCGUCACAGGCCUCCCGAUGUGGAAGGUCACGGCCUUCAUCCAGGAGAACAUCAUCGUGAUGGAGACGCGCUGGGAGGGACUGUGGAUGAACUGCUACCGGCAAGCCAACAUCCGAAUGCAAUGCAAAGUCUACGAUUCUCUGCUGUACCUCCCGGCCGACCUCCAGGCUGCCAGGGGUCUCAUGUGCGCCUCGGUCGCUUUGAGCGCCUUCGCCUGCAUCGUGUCGUCCGUGGGCAUGCGCUGCACCCGUCUGGUAGACUCCCGUCCCAGAACCAAGCACAUUGUUUUGGUGAGCGGAGGGUGUUUGUUUUUGGCUGGCUGCUUGACCACCAUCAUUCCCGUGUCGUGGACGGCUCACAUGAUCAUCCGGGACUUCUACAACCCGUUGUUAAUCGACGCCCAACGGAGAGAGCUCGGGGAGGCCUUGUACAUCGGAUGGGUCACUUCGGCUUUGCUCUUCACCGCUGGGGUGAUCCUGCUUUGUCGACAUGCACCACGCACCCAGGACAAAGAAGACUUGGCUCAGGUUCUGUAUCGGGCCGGAUCGGCUCCGUAUAAUUACUCUUACAGACCUGGAUAUGGAUCCCAGCCUGCGUACGGAUACCAGCCUGCCAAUAACUAUCAGCCAAACUAUUCUUCUGUCCCGUCGGUUUAUAACCCUCCCAGAUACUGAGACACACUGUGAGUGCUGUGCUUUUCCACUUCUAUAGAGACUCAAAUAAAAAAAAUGAGUUGGGAGCGAUCAGCAUCAAGAUUCAGAGGAAAGCAGGACUGACGGAUCCUCAGUUGAUUAUAUGACUGUAAAUGUGAAUAUUAGUUUUUACAUGCUUGAUUUGAAUGUGUUUCCUCCUCGUAUAUAUUAUAAAACACUGUUUGUAAUUUGCACAGAUAUAAUAUGCAAUAUACUGAAAUUUAAAAACACCAACACAUUAAAACAGCGCAUUUAACUGUGGAUCCGUGACUUAAUGUUGACUCUGUGAUAUGAUUGUGUUUGUUUUUCACAUUUUUCCAUUUUCAAAGCACUGUUUUGACUUGAAUUGUAUUAAAUAAAUGUGUAAAAAGAA